UCAUCAGCCUCUCCUCUGAUGGACAGGCUUCUUGAAGAUGUGAUGCUACGCAGUUGAGUGAGGCAGGAAGAAAAAGGCUCCUCCAGGUCUCCCUGUUUGCAGGAUUCAUGGCUUUCUUCUGGGUUCUGCUUUGGUCGGGGAUCUAUAAUCUGGUCCUGGUCUCUGGUCUCAAUCACUGCGACUUCAAUGAAAACAGGAGCUGGCGCAGCGCCUCUCCUUUAGUGGAAUCCCUAAAGUGCUAUAACGACUACAAGUCCUACGUCCACUGCAAGUGGAAAAGCCACACCGAGGCAACACUGCAGCUCUGGGUGCAGAUGGAUGAGAAAAGAGAGUUGUGUGCACCCUUCGCAGCAGCAAACAAAACCGAGCCCGGGACUGUCCACUGCAGAUAUGAACCUCUUUAUUUUGCAAUUGGCUCGAGACACACUGCCUUCUUCCUAAACAACAGCACGGAGAGCUUCUGCUCAUCUGCCCCAAACACAUCUACAGAUUUGCUUCAGCACUUGAGAGCACGCCCGCCUGUAAACCUGUCUACGACUGAGAUGAGUGAUGGAGGCCAGAGGCUGCACUGGUCCAGCCCGUACCCGUCGUCCUCCUCGCUGAACAGCAACCUCACAUAUCAGUUCAGCUACAGGAUGCAGACUCAGAACAGCUGGACCAGCGUGGACGUCACAAACACCAGCGUGAAACUUGAGCGGCCAUCGCUGCCUCCGGGCCGCUGGUUUGAAGCACGGGUCAGGGCCCGGGCCAGCGUGGGCCAGUGGAGCGACUGGAGCUCAGCAGUGACCUGGAAGACUAAAGAUGACUUAAAGCAAGUUCCCACUUUGCACUGUGUACUGGACGGGGAGAGGGACGUGACGUGUAGCUGGGAGGUGAGCAGAGAGCUGGCUCUCCUCAUCACCUACCAGCUGCUCUGUCAAUACGAGCAUGGAGCGCCGUUUGAGGAGUGCUGCUGGAACCCAAAAGUAAUCUCUGACCUCAGUGGGACAGGAGUGAGGUACAGCUGCUCGCUGAACACCUCACACCCUGAACAUCUGCAGGUGGACCUUCGACUGACACACAAUAUGAAGACGUUUCAAGUCCACCAACAUAUCCAGCCCUCCCCUCCACAGCAGGUAAAGGUGAGAGGGGAAGACAGAAACUGGAUUGUGGAAUGGAGCCCACCACCUACAGCACAAGAACUGAGUCUGUGGUAUCAGGUCUGUUAUCACAGGACACAUGACCAGGGAUCUGCUGUGCUGCUGAACAUUUCAGACGUGUCCACAAAAGUGAUGAUCCCGGGAAGAUCCCUUACCCCGCUGGAGCACUACCAGGUCAAAGUCCGGUCACUCGUUGUCCCUGGGCAUGGCUCCCGCUAUGAAGGAAUCCCAUCUGAAUGGACUGAUCCUGUGGCGUGGACCUCAAAUGAAGCCUCUUGGUCCAUCUCCACCCUGAUUUAUAUCCUGAUCAGUGCCUCCGUGGUGACAGUCUUCCUGACCCUCUACUGCACCAUCCCGGCUUGUCAAAGGAGAGUGAUGCUUUGGGUGGACUCGGUUCCUUCUCCAGGAAAGAGCAAGACCCUGUCUGAGAUCAAGUUUGCCAGCUGCCAAACCCACAUGCAAAGUGAGAAGACGCCCAUAUGCAAAGUGCAUAACAUUGACAACGUGUCUACAUGUUCCUCAGACGCUCUGCUGUGGCAGUGCAAGGACUCUGACACAAAGUGGGUGGACCAGGACGAUGAAUGCUGCAGCUGUAAUAAGCUGCCCCUGCCUGUGGACGACUGUGACACGUCAGCCAUGAGCUUCAGCGGGCCGUACAUCCUCUGUCAGGUAUCAGCUGCAGAGUCCAAAUCCCCAAAUGCCCAGCAGGAAGAGGACAAAGAAACUACGCCAGAUGCCUCUUCAUCUCCCUCCCACAUACCCUCUGCUGUUUUCGGUGCAGGAUAUGUUUGUCUUCCCAGCCACAGCGUCUCAAGGUCCACAGGGGACCUCACUUUUCACAGCAUCAGCACCACAAGCCCUCCGUGGUAUGAGGGUUCUGAGGAGGACAAGACAUCCCCAGGUCUCACGCUGGAGUCGGACAGCCAGUCCAGCCUCUGCCAGCCCACGACCAGGACUAAAGCUCCAGACGGCAUACCAGGGCCUUUCAUGCCCUGGCCUCCAGGGGGCACCGUGCAGGAGUCGGGGUACUGCCACCUCCCCCAUCCUUCAUGACAGCAGCUGAAUAACCUGCUGCAUGCCAGAGCACACACUGCAAAAACUCAAAAUCUUAACAAGAAUAUUUGUCUUAUUUCUAGU